AUGAAAAGAAAGAAAAAUUUGUGUGUAAGAUAUUUUUUUGUUUUUUUUAUUUUAAUUAUCGUCAUAAUACAUGUAAAAUGUAAUAAACAUCAUAUAAGCAAAAAUAUUAAUAAUGAUUAUAAGGAGAACAUAAAAUAUAAUGAUAAUACAGCUGAAUGUUUUUCCUAUAAAGAUGAAGAGGGGGAUUUUUUUUUGUCUUUAAGCAAUAUUAUAGUAAGUACAUCGUAUUAUAAUCAUGAUAAAAAAGAAGAAAUAAUAUUAUUAAAUCAUAAUGUGAAAGAAAAUGAUUAUGAUUAUAUAUUUAUAGAUGAACUUGUAAGUUCCUAUAAAAUGAUAAAUAUAAAAUGUUCAUUUAAUAUAAAAAAGAGUUUUAAUAAAAACAAAUUAACUGUAUUGUUAGUAAAAGAAAUUGUGGAUAAAACAAAUAGAAAGAGGAAUACAAUGAUGAAAAAAGAUAUGAUAAAAUUUGUGGAUAGAAAUAUUGUAAAAGAUUUAAAAAAAGAAGAGACAUUUAUAUUUACAAAUAUUAUAGAUGAUAAUAAUAAUAAUAAUAUGGUAUAUUCGAAUUUAUCUUUGUUAUUAAUUAAUUUAAUUCCUUAUAAUGGUAAUUAUAAGAUGGAUAUUUACAUAAGUGAUGAUAAUUAUUCCAUAAAAUUAUGUUUUUUAAAAAUGAAUUUUUUUUUUCAUAAUUCUCUAUCUCUAGUUAAAUAUCCAGAGAAAAAAAUGGAUAAUCUUAUUAUGAGGAAUAUUAUAAAAAGUAUUGAUAAGAUGAGCACGAUGAGAAUCAAAUAUAAUAAAUAUGAUAAUAUAUGUUAUAAUAAUUAUAAUAAUACUGUAAAUCGUUAUGUUGUUUAUAAUUAUAGAGACUAUUAUUCUUUACCUUUAAUUUGUGAAGAAACAAAUUAUAAUAUACAAAAUGAAAAUAAUAAAAAAAAAAUGGGGAACACAUUUGUUAUAAUUUUUAUGAUAUGUUUAUUAUUUUUGUUAUUUGUUAUGUAUCUAUAUAUUAUAUUUAUAUAUUUACAAUAUAAUAUAAAAAAUAUACAUACACAAUAUAUUCAUUAUUUAUUCUUUAUAUCUCUUAUGUCUAUAAUUUUUUUGUUUAUUUUGUAUGAUCUAUAUUAUAAUAUUCUUCAAAUAUGUACAAUCUUUUUAUGUACAUGUACAUUUUUUUUGUUGAUUUUUUAUAAAUCCUUAAAGGCUUUAAGACAACAUAGAAAGGGUUCAUAA